AUGGGCCUUGGCCUUGCGCCUUCUUCUGUUCCUACGGUCACAUUUAGCAUCAUGGGUAUCACGUACCUACUACCUUACCUGAAGUCACCUAACUUUGCGAGUGAGCGUGACCGCGACUUGCAACAUCACAUUUAUCAUCCUGCAAGAACAAUGAGUCAAGGCGUCAUUAGGAGCUUGUACCGAGAAUCCGGAGGCCUAGCGCAUACGAAAUCGACCCUUGGCAUGGAGAAAUCAGGCCACUUUCUCUCACGAGCCGCAACUGCCACGCGAAACCUCAGGUUACACCCAUCGUACCCCGAGUUCUCCCAGGGCCUUUGCAACAUCCUAAUUGAGACUAGUCUCCGCAUGUCGUCGCCGUACCCGACUGCCGUGGCAUUUCUCCUCCGUACUCCGUUCCCCUGCAUUUGUUGGUAUCCUAUCACCCAACGUAUCCCUCGCAGCUCACAGUCAAACGAGAGAAUGGUCGAGGAGCAUAGGAAGGGCUUGACAGGGAGCAGCAAAUUGUCCAACUGCUCGUUCCCCCAACAAUUGAGCUCUUGGGAAACUGAGACGUUUGUUUGGUCGCCCUGGGCGUCCUGCCCCACCUAUCGGCACGUGCGGUCUCUGGUCCAAAACAUGUGGGCCCUUCGCUUUCUGGCAUACCCACCAAUUUCAGGCCCCCAACUCCUCCCCCAACGACUUGUCCGUCCAUCAGCGGAGCCUCGCUCAGUCAUCUGUGUCUCCUAUCCUCCUCGUCCUUCUCGUCCUCCUCUUGCCCCUCUUCGGACUCUGAACAUUUCGGCCUCCGAAAUACAAAACGAAUUCGGCAAGAAGAGGGGCCUGGAUGCCGCCGGAGGGUUCGGCAGGAUGACAUGCACCCCGUCGCCGGGAGCCGUGAUCUUUCGUAAAUAUAACCUUGGCACCUCGAGGCCGUGGGGCGACUUGGGGGUGGUCUUCCAAGAACCUGCAUCGAUCGAGUCGCUCGGUCAAAGACCCGAUGGCCCACUAGAAUCAAUCCAUCAACCCGAUUCAUCUCCCGUCGGCCGUGCCUGA